UUUUACUGCUCCGCUCCCCUCUCCCCCCUCCCGGUCUGCCCAAAUCGGGAGCGCUCCCCUCCCCCUCGCCUAGGGUUUCGCCCCCUCGAUCCCCGCGGCUCCGGCCGGCGCCGCCCAUUCCUUCUCCACCGACGCACCGCUUGCCGAUUGCAUUGCCCUCCUCGCGGUGCGAGGGAGCGAGCGCGGGGAUCGGCCGCUCCCUCCUUCCCCGCCGGCUCCAACUCGAUCUCCUCCCCGGACCGCCGGGGGCGAGCAGGGGGAGGCGAGCGCCGUGGUCGCCGCACCGCGCAGCGUCGGCAGUAGUAGGAUGAUCACACUGUUUGCACAGGGCUGAAUCUUUGUGACCAGUAGAGUGCUAUUUUGAAACAAGAAAACUUCUAAGUGAAGCUGCACACAGAGAACCUUUAGAGUUGUCUGCUGUUAUUGCUUCCAUGGCAACAAAUGAGAACCUCCCACCAAAUGUCAUCAGGCAAUUGGCUAAAGAACUGAAGAAUCUUGAUGAAUCACCUCCAGAAGGGAUUGAAGUUAUUGUUAACGAUGAUGACUUCAGCACCAUUUUUGCUGAUAUUGAGGGCCCUGCUGGAACUCCAUAUGAGAAUGGAGUAUUCCGCAUGAAGUUAUUGUUGUCUCGUGACUUCCCUCACUCUCCCCCAAAAGGGUUCUUCUCGACAAAAAUAUUCCAUCCAAACAUAGCAACUAGUGGCGAGAUAUGUGUGAACACGUUGAAAAAGGAUUGGAACCCUAGUCUUGGAUUGCGACAUGUUCUGCUGGUAGUGAGAUGCCUUCUGAUCGAACCAUUCCCCGAAUCUGCCCUUAAUGAACAAGCUGGAAAGAUGUUGCUUGAAAACUACGAGGAGUAUGCACGCCUUGCAAGGCUGUACACCGGCAUUCAUGCACAUAAACAUAAGAACAAGUCCAAGACCGGAGCCAUUUGCGAGUCAACCACAGCUCUAAACGUGGGUCAGAGCAAUAGCACCGUUCCGAGCAAGAACAUACCAUCGGCGCCAGCACUAGUAUCCACCUCCACCUCGACCAAAGUGCUAGGCAUACAGGAUCAGAACGCCGCUCCUUCUGAUCCUUCUGUAGGAUCAUCAACGGCGCACAAGAAGGACGGGCCGCUUGCCGCCAAAAUCCCAGCCGAGAAGAGGAAGAUGGAUGCCAGGAAGAAGAGCCUGAAGAGGCUGUAACAGCGCACCCCGCCGGAUAGCGUUGACGCGGGCUGUUGUAGUAGCUAGUAGAGUCAAUCCCCUUGAUAAGCGCCGCCGGAUUCAGCAGAUGCACAGCGGAACCGAAUGGAUAAAUAAACCCAAGGGACAUCUCAUGAAUCUGGUGGCUGAUUGGUAGAGAAGUAUGCCUGUACUCAGGCAUUAGUGAGAUGAGACGCAUGUGAGCUGGUGGUCUCCUGUUGGAAUAAACUGUGGUGAUGUGCAAUGACGAACUAUUUGGAAGAACAAACCGUCGCCUUUUCCGCUGAUUCUGCACUAA